AUGCUUUCCGAAUUGUUUGCUGAAUUUAUUAUUGAUUCGGAUGAUUGUGGUGUUAAUGACCGUUCUCAUAUGAAUCAUAUCGAUCCAUAUGUAUAUGUACCUUUAGACCGAUCACCUAGAUGGUUCCUUGAUGAUAAUUUAUUCUUCAAGAAUAACAAUGAUAAUAGAACACGUGAAACUGUGCAGAAUCAAGCUGCCUUCGCUUAUCUUCAGGGUGAUUACAUCAGCUCAAUGAAUUUAUACUUUUAUUUGUUGGAAAAUGAACCAAAAAAUGGUAAUAGCAACUCUGUUUUUGCCUUAAUUGAUUCUAUUAUCCGAUGUGGCUUAAAAAUUGCUCCAAUAAAUGGCCCUCAAUUACUUUUCUUGCUGCAAAAACUGCAUGCAUUAGUGUCAACAUACGACGAUCAGUUACAGUACUGGACAGAAAGUCUGGAAGUGUAUUUGGCAACUGGAACAAGCACCAGUGAUUAUUUACGAAAUGCAAUUCUAUUAUGUGCCAGUGUCGAUUUACCAGAAUUUUGGAUUUCAAUUUCAAAAAAUUCACCUGUUUCUUGCGUGAAUCUUCGAAUUGGGUCACUGUGUCGCGCUAUUUACAUCUUAGAAAAUUCACCAGCGUCCAAGGCUAAAUGUUUGAAUUCUUAUGAUUUGCAGCAGAUGAAAGCUGAACUUCAAAAUCUUUGUAAUAAAGAGAAGUUAUCUGAAGCAAAAGCAGCCGUUUGUAGUGAUCUUAUAAAAAGCGAAAACACUAAUGCAACAGAAGUCAAUCGUCCUUCUCUUUCCAAAAGUUUCCUCAAAGACAAAAAAGCCGAAGAUGUUAUGAUACUUGAAUUCAUUCAUCGUUUUUAUUGGCUCUUUGCCGACAUGGAUCAACAAUUAGUUAAUUCCAUACUACAGGUAUCAUGA